UGGUGUAGGCUGUCACCCUGCGGUUCUCUGGGUAAGAGAGCUGAGGUGCACAAUCAGGCCGAGCGUUUUGAUUGCAGGGACAGAUUUCAAAACCGAGAAGUUCACUGACAUCAUUUCUGAAGCCAGGACACGAUCAGAGACGAUUCUUUACUCACGAUCAAUUAUAUAGGCGAAAUUACACCUGCUUCGUUGUCAAACUGUAAUCUAGGAAUUCUCACGUCGGCGUAAGAUUCGUGGAGGAAGGAUUUUGGUCUACAGUGAAGGAUGAACUCGAUACGGCAGGUGCCAUCACGGGUGAAGAGUAAACUGACGGAAACUAGUUUAGGAGACGAAAGGGAGCGCUUCGACAAGCAGCAGCUCAACAGCAUCAGUAAAGCCAUUAACUCCUCCGAGACACCAGUAAAGGAGAAACAUGCCCGCAGGAUUAUCCUGGGAACUCACAGGGAAAAGGGGGCAUACACGUUCUGGUCCUAUGCUAUUGGACUACCUUUGUCUAGUAACCCCAUUCUUAGCUGGAAGUUUUGUCAUGUUUUACAUAAAGUUCUACGUGAUGGCCAUCCAAACACGCUACAAGACUGUAUGAGACAUUACAGUAACAUUGCGGAGACUGGAACACUAUGGGGUACCCACAGAGAUAAAUAUGGAUAUGGACAGCUUGUUUCUCAAUAUACCAAGCUCAUCUGCACUAAAUUGUCAUUCCAUACUACACAUCCUGAAAUCCGAGCCAACCUGGAAGCCUCAGAUGAAGUCCUGGAGCGCACAGCAGGGACAGACAUUAACAAUGUUUUCCAGCUCACAGUCGAGGUGUUUGAUUACAUGGAUACAGAGCUUCGUCUUGCUGAGAUGGUCCUACGACACCUCAAUACCUCCAUUGCCAUCUCAACCUUGCCAGCAGGGCAGUGUAAACUAGCACCACUUAUUCAGGUCAUCCAGGACUGUAGUCACUUGUAUCACUACACUGUCAAGCUGCUAUUCAAGUUACAUGCCUGUUUACCGGCUGAUACACUCCACGGCCAUCGUGAACGGUUCCAUGAUCAGUUCCACAGUCUCAAGACAUUUUUUAAUAAGGCAAGAGACAUGAUGUACUUCAAAAGGCUUAUCCAGAUUCCAAGGCUACCUGAUUCCCCUCCAAACUUCCUUCGGGCCUCUGCCCUAGCAGAGCAUGUGAAGCCCAUGGUUAUUAUUCCAGAUGAGGAGGAGCCUGAGGAAGAUGAUGAGCCUGAACCGCUAAUAGAUGUCAGUGAAGCUUCUCCAGUCAGCAUGGCUUCCCAACCACAGGUUGACAUAUUUGAUCAGACAUUUGGGCCACCAAAUAAUGGCUUUGAUGACAGGGACCUUCAGAUUGAAAGGUUGAAGCAUGAAAUUGAGCUACUUCGAGCUGAGGUUGAGAGGAUCAAAGCUGAGGCUCAACGCUACAUCACUCAACUGAAAUCUCAGAUCAACAGUUUAGAGGCAGAGCUGGAGGAGCAGAGAGUGCAAAAACAGCGUGCCCUUGUAGAGAAUGAGCAGCUACGUAUGGAACUGGCGGCUACUCAACGACGCAACGCAGAACAUGAGAUGACGCAAGCUACGUUUUUGGAAGCUGAGAAGAGGUCUCAAGCUACAGAGCUACGCUAUAACAAGCUAAAGGAGAAGCAUGCCGAGUUGGUAGCCAACCACGCAGAGUUACUUAGGAAGAGUGCAGACACAGUGAAGAUGUUGUCAGCUACACAGCAGACACAGGAGGAGGUGGCUAGAACUAAACAACAGUUAUCAUUUGAAGUGGAGAGGAUCAAACAGGACUCUGACAUGAAGCUAGAGGAGCAAAAGUUUGAAAUGGAUAAAUUGAGACGAGAUUUGGAGGAGAAGAUUGGAGAGAUCCAAGUAAUAAAAGGGAUAUUACAGACUAGUGAAAAGGGCAGUGAGCAGCUGAGCAACUCCAUAACUUUGAUGCAGACAGAAAAGGAGCGCCUGAUGCGCAGUGUGAGUGAGAAGGAGGCCGAGCUAUCCUCUCUGAAGCAGGCAGCCCAGCUGAAGGAGUCCUCUCUCCAGCAAGAGAGGGAGAGGAGCAACAAGGAGCUGGGACAACUCCAGGGAAAACUGAAAGAGAAGCUCAACCGUGAGGAGCAGUUGCAGCAGAAGUUGCUUGAUGAGCAGUUUGCCCUGUUGCAUGGUACAGUAACUGAGGCAGAAAUCAUCAUUGAGGAUGCUGUGGCCAAAGUGGAUGAUCCUUUGCAUAUCCGCUGCACUAGCUCCCCAGAUUACCUUGUUAGCCGUGCAGAAGCCGCACUGGACUCUGUGACUAAAAUGCAAGCUGGCCACUACCACUAUGUGAAGAAUAUGGAAGAUGCUGGGCCUCUGCUGAGGGCUCUGACUCAGUUUUCUCAUCUUACUGCUGACACCAUUAUCAAUGGGAGCGCAACUGCGCACAUGGCACCUGUAGAUCUUUCUGAUCGAUUGAUGGAGAACUGCAGGGCAUGUGCUACUCAAAGCUUAAACUUUCUACAAGACUUGAAGUCUAAAGUUUCCAUAAAGGGUGCUAAUCCAGCGUCUGUUCGUGUUGUGAUUCAGAAGGUCUUGCAAAUUGCACAGGACCUAAGGCCUAAAGGAGUAGAUGUUGGAAGGGACGAGCUUGGAGACAUGGUAGAUAAAGAAAUGGCUGCCACUUCUGCUGCUAUAGAGGAAGCAGUGAGGAGAAUAGAUGAGAUGAUGAAUCAGGCCAGAAGAGACACUGAAGGAGUCAAGCUGGAAGUGAAUGAGAGAAUACUGAAUAGCUGCACUGACCUCAUGAAGGCUAUCCGUCUCCUGGUGUUGACAUCCACAGACCUGCAGAAGGAGAUUGUAGAAAGUGGAAGGGGUGCAGCAACAAUGAAGGAAUUUUAUGCAAGAAACUCGCGCUGGACUGAGGGUCUCAUAUCUGCUGCCAAGGCAGUAGGCUGGGGGGCAACACAGAUGGUUGAUUCUGCUGAUAAAGUGGUGUUACACACGGGCAAGUAUGAAGAGCUUAUUGUCUGUUCUCAUGAAAUCGCUGCCAGCACAGCACAACUUGUUGCAGCUUCCAAGGUAAAGGCAGAUCGUGGCAGUAAAAAAUUGGUGAGUCUUCAGCAAGCCUCUCGCCAUGUGAAUGAGAUGGCUGCAAAAGUGGUAGCUUCCACCAGGACAGGCCAGGAACAGAUUGAGGAUAAAGACACUAUGGACUUUUCUGGGAUGUCUCUGAUCAAGUUGAGGAAAGAGGAAAUGGAGUCCCAGGUGAAGGUCCUGGAGUUUGAGAGCAUGCUUGAAAAUGAGCGCCUACGACUUGGAGAGCUACGUAAAAAGCACUAUGAGAUAGCAGGGGUUCCACUGGAACAGUUGGAGCAAGAUGAAGAUGCCCUCUCUUCAACAUUCCCCUCUUCCCCCAAACCCUCCAAACCUUCAUUAAUGAAGAAACCAGCCCUGGCUCAGAAACCAAACAUUCCUACAAAAAACAUGUUCAGGUAAAUAUCCCUUGGACGAACCUCAUCAAAACUGGAUCUGAAAUUGCUGGACAACCUUCUGUAAAACAGGGUUUUUAAAACUUGUUACCCCCCCCCCCUCUAAUUCUUUUAUGUUUUAACAAAUGAAACAAGUUAAUUGUCAGCCUUUAUUAAGUACUGAGAAAAUAUAUUUUUUAAAUCUGAGCUGCAUACUAGUGAUGCAUAUCUGAUCCUGUAGAUUUUCAGGUAUUAAUAACAAUCAAAAACAGUCCUGUCUGAAAUAAUUCAAAUUCAAAUUUUCAUUUGAAAUUCUGCUUAUAAGUCAAACAUGUUAUAACAAGGCAAAAAACAUUCUAGUGGAUGCAGGGGUAGCUGGCCUCUGGGCCUGUAAUGAAGGAAGCCUGGUAAUACUAGAAAAUGCUUUUCAAUUUUGUUUAUUUUUAUUUGUUAUUUUUUUUGUUCUAUGGUUUGUCUGGUUUUUUUUUAUUAUUAUUUGGGGUUGGUGUUUGUAGGGUAGACAUCACUUAUAACUGUCUUAUUUAUAAUAUUUGAAUUGAAUCAACAUUAUUAGACUGAAAGUAAUAAACCUCAUUAAUUAACAGCUAAUGUCUUUGUUAAAAGUCAUUAUUUAAAGCCCAUGUCAACUCAGUUUCAUAAUUAGCACCAUUAGCUUUAUAUAUAUAUAAAAUAUAACAUGGUUCAAGGUUAAUGAUCAUUGCCAAGAACAAUACAAUUUUAGAAUGGUUUGGUAUUUUUGGACAUUAAAUUAUAACUAUAUAUAUUAGAACUAACUUUAUACUUAUUUUACACAUUUUAUGUUUAUACAGUAGAAAGUAUGUCUCAUUAAUGUGUGAAAUAUAAUAAUUAUGAUUUAAAAAAAAAAAAAAAAAACUAGCCAAUGCUUCAUUUUUUUCCCUAGCUCAAGCUUUUUUUUUAUGCUGACCCACUUAUAUGAUGUUACAUGAAUUAAGUCACUUAUCAGGCUAGAAAAUAAAUGCUGCUAAAUUUAACUGUCCAAAUUUACCUGAUGUCCCAAUCCCAGGUGUAUUGUACACCUAGUCACCACACAGUGUUCAGUUUUAAAAACAAACAAACAUUUGAAAUAGUUUUGACAUUGGCUUUAAAUGAUAUAAUGUAUGUGUGCUUACAAUUCUAUCUGUUCUAAAGCAAAAUUAAUAAAAUGCGUUUUCCUAACCCUUUCUUUAUACCGUACAUCAGCUGUCUUCAAGUCUAAUUUAUUGAGAGACAAGUUUGUUACAUUAUUCUUAACUUGCUCAGUAGAAUUCACUUGAAUGCAGAAGUUAUCAGGAUGCUGUUUUUCAAGCUCACCUGUUAGAGAUGUGCAUAACACUACUCAAUUAAUGAAAAGAGGAGAAGAAGAACUUAGAAAUUUAAAAUACUUAAAAGAGCAAUAGAAAACUGACAAAAAAAUAAAACCAAAAGCACAUUUUCUACAAAAUGUUGCCUUAAGAUCGAAUAUACAUAGUUUAGAUAAAGCACAUGUAUCUAUUUUUCACUACAUUCUUUACUAUGAAGGGGUUUUGUUUCAUUCACCUUCAGUUUUAUCUUCAGUUUUGCCUUUUUAUCUCAACUGGUUUGGUUUUAGGAUGGCUGGGUUUUGGUUAAAGAAAAUUACAGAUUAGAUCCUUUCUGACUGGUGCUAAGGGCACAUUGCCAUAAGCUUUUUAAACAUUAUUUUACAGAACAUGUUGCAGAACAUUUUUGUACUGUUUUUAAAUGUCAAAAUUAGAGAAUGUUGCCUUGGUGGAGGAUGUAUAGAGAUAAUAUGUACAGAUUAAAGUGUGGAGCUCUUCUCAGUUCUUACAAAGAAAUGUUACUUUUUAUUUCUUUCCAUCUGUUUAUUUAGUAUUGUUGCAAUACCUAAUCUGUUAAUAUAUUUGAAUUAUUUCUGCUGGAUUUCCUGUAAUGAAAACAAAUGUUGAGUAAUAAAUGUUUAUGAUGGAAGCAGUUGUGUGAUUUGUGUGAUAAUUGGGGGUUCGAAUCCCGCCUCUGCCUUGUGUGAGUGGAGUUUGCGUGUUCUCCCUGUGCAUUAGGGGUUUCCUCCCCCAGUCCAAAGACACGCGUUGUAGGCUGAUUCUAACCUUUGCAUUUCCAAAUUGUCUGUAGUGUGUGAAUGGGUGUGUCGGUGUGUUUGUGCGAUUGUGCCUGUGAUAGAUUGGCACUCCGUCCAGGGUGUCCCCUGUCUUGUGCCCCAAGUCCCUUCGGAUAGGCUCCAGGCUCGCCGCUACCCUGUGUAGGAUAAGCGGUACAGAAGAUGGAUUAUAUAGUGUUCCUAAUAAAGUGUUUUGUGAGUGUAUAUUCAGAGGUUUAUGGAAACUGCCUUCAGAAGGAGUAAUAGGUUGCUGCCUUGUUAAUUUUAGUUAAGAGAUGUGAGCUUGUGCGCUGUUCAGUUGUCACUAUGCCAUCUAAUAGCAUGCAAUGAAAUAUCGUGCACGUUUUUCUAACAAACGCACAUAUCU